AUGACCAACCAUCAUCCGUUUCAAGAAACUCGUAAUUAUCAAGUGUAUGAACAAGCGGUAUUUGUGGGUUUAAUCAACAGACAUUUUUCCAUUUCCUUCAUUUCCCCUCGAAAAAAGUCGAUCGUUGCGAAACAGUUUUUGACAGUUAAAGCGUUUUGGGCAAGAAACGAUGUCAUCGAGUUCAACAGAUUCAUUCAACGGCGGGUGAAAGAGAUACGGGAAUACGCUAUACGGCAUGGGACGCCCGAGAAAACAGCAAUCCGACGGGGAGAAAACAACAAGAUCGUCGAAAGUCUACAUUUUAUGCUUGAUUUUUUGAGAGAACUUGGCUAUAAAUCAGAGACAACUACAAUUGGUGGCAAAAAUGGGAAUGCGCGCACCGAAAUGAUCGAUUCGAUAAGUUUCGACAAUAAAAGACACGACAAAAAGGAGAUUGAAAGAAUGGGAAUUCUGAUUAACGACUAUAUUUACAAGCAGUUUGGAUUGAAUAAUGAAAUUGUAAUUAAUCGGAUGGAUGAGACUAUCAACAAAUAUCUCAAUAAUUGA